AUGUCAGGAAGGAUGGCUUCACACAACACCACUCUAUUCCACCCCUCCUCUUUCCUCCUCCUGGGAAUCCCUGGCUUGGAAAAUGUGCAUCGCUGGAUUGGCUUUCCUUUCUUUGCUGUGUUCUUAAUAGCUAUACUUGGGAAUAUAACCAUCCUUCAUGUGAUUCACACUGAACACAGUCUUCAUCAGCCCAUGUUCUACUUCCUGGCCAUGCUGUCAUCUAUCGACCUCAGCCUGUCCAGCUCCACCAUCCCUAAGAUGCUUGGCAUCUUCUGGUUGAACCUGAGAGAAAUCUCAUUUGAAGGCUGUCUCAUCCAGAUGUUCUUCAUACACCUGUGCACUGGAAUGGAGUCAGAUUUGCUCCUGGCCAUGGCCUAUGAUCGCUAUGUGGCCAUCUGUAACCCUCUUCGUUACAGACUGGUGCUGACAGACAAGGUUGUGUUCAUCAUUGCUUGGGUCAUCCUACUGAGACCACUGUCUUUUGCUGUACCUUUCAUCCCACUCAUCCUGAGGUUACCGUUUUGUGGACACCAAAUCAUCCCCCACACGUACUGUGAGCACAUGGGCAUUGCCCGUCUGUCCUGUGCCGGCAUCAGGGUCAACAUCAUAUAUGGCUUGUGUGCCAUCUCUACCCUCGUAUUUGACAUUGUAGGCAUCCUUAUUUCCUAUGUCCACAUCCUCCGUGCUGUAUUUCGACUCUCUUCUCUGGAUGCCCGGGUGAAGGCGCUGAGCACCUGUGGGUCUCAUGUGUGUGUCAUGUUGACUUUCUACACCCCUGCCUUUUUUUCAUUUAUGACUCAUAGGUUUGGCCAGAACAUUCCGCGCUGCAUUCACAUUCUUCUGGCCAAUUUAUAUGUGGUCAUCCCACCGGCUCUCAAUCCUGUAAUCUAUGGGGUCAGAACUAAGCAGAUUAGGCAACAGGUGCUGAAAAUGUUUACCAAGAAAUAA